UCUAUAGUGCCAUGCAAGUGGAUUUAAGAAAACAUACAGCGGAAACACAUUUUUGGAUUAACAUUAUCUGGUGUGCCUUGGGUGCCAUAAUAUUAGUUGGCAUAGCGGUCAUAUCGUACUGGAUAAGAAGAUGCAGGAUAUUACAAGUGAGAUACCUCCACUGCAGCCAGUCUGCACUGAGGAAGUUAUUAUCAACUGUCGUCAGCAGCAGCAGCAUACUCAACAACCACUGCAUCAACAGCAGCAGCAACAACAGUCAAAUCAACAUUCUCAACAACAGCCGCAACAGCAACAUCUUUAUCAAAAACGUUCACAAUCUACCGCAACAACAAAAUCUGCUGCAAUUAGCACAACAACUACAGCAAAAUCCUCUUUACCAGCCCAGCAACAACAAGCCAAUCAUCAACAGCAUCAGCUCCAACAACAGCAACAACAACAAUUACAGCAGCAGCAACAAAAUAAUCAAAAAAUUAUCACUCGAUCACAAUCAUCAAAAGUUAUACAAGACUUUCAGCAUCAUCACGCUUUCCAUCAACUAAAACAACAACAAUCGUUGCCCACACCCCUACACGGCAAUGUUGGUGCUUCCCCCAAUGCCCACAAUCAUUCCAAAUCCGUUUCGAUUUUGGUUUAUAAAACAUUAAACACGGUCUUCAAGAGCAGCCGCAAAAUCAUUGUGCGCGUUUGUGAGGUGGCCAGUGUCAAGAAGAAUUUCAACAUGUUUAAAUUCAAUAAAGCAUCGCAACAGACACGUGCCGAUGCCAGGGCCAAUGCGUGUACGGGUCACGAUCAGUUUGUACGACCGCCGGUAUCGGAAAAAAAAGCCAAGCAUUUAAUGAAAAAAUUGCAAAAACAAAAUGGAUUAAAACGUUCCAAUUCAGCAAUAGAAUUUGAUGUAUCAGCAUUAACAGCCGCAAAUCGAAGACAUAUCUACAGUAGCAAUCGUUCGGCAAGCUCAGAACAAGAUAAUUCAGAUAUGUCUGAACAUUCGGAGAAAUCACCAUUGGUUAGCGCCAGGUUAGACAGUUUGGCUAGGAUAUUUUUUAGCAAAUCGAUGCCAGCGGAAAGCGGAAGUAGAGAUACCCUAGAUUCAGUGCUAACAUCAAGACCCAAUAUCAAAUAUCAAUAUUCCGCUUUAGACAGUGGCAAUGGCAUCGUUGAGCGGUCGCCGCGUGAAAGAGCCGCCCGAGAGAAGGCUCUCAAUGCCACACAGGAGUGGAUACAACAAACGAAUGGUAGAUAUGAAGUAAUUGCUCAUUUAGAUGAAAUCGGUUCGAGACAUGGCAAAAAUUGGUUCCUAGUAACCGAUGCUUCGGUCCGCACCGAUCGUUUAAUGACUUUAUUAACCCUGCCUCCUGACUGUGUCGCAUUUGAAGAUCUGUCGCCAAACGAAAGUCCUCGCAAUAUGUUAAUGGAACUUUUGGGUUCCUUGCAUCAUCCUUAUAUCUAUCCCGUUUUGGAUUUGGGCUUUUUGCACACCAAUUCAGGCAACUAUGCCUGUUUGGUGACACCUUUUAAUUCAAGGGGUAGUCUUAAGGAUUUAAUAUAUAAGGCCCAAUGGAAUGAACCUUGGUCACGUAAAUACACGCGAAAACCAACUGGUUUACCAGUCACGCAAGUACAACGUUUGGGCAGACAAAUCUUGGAGGCAUUGAUCUUUCUCAAAGAACGUGGUUUUCCAUUGCAUGGUCAUUUGCAUAGUGGAAAUGUAAUUUUACAAAACGGUGCUGCAAGAUUAUCUGGUCUGGAAAAUGGCUUGCUGGGGCUAUCGUCGCGCAUUAAUGCAGUUAUGUGGUCACGUUCUACAACAGACAUCGAAAAUGUUGAUAUCAUUUGUUUUGGCCAUCUGCUGUAUGAAAUGUGCAUGGGCCAGGAAAUGACAACACCCAAACCGUCCAUGAGAGUGCUAGAAAUGGAAAUGGAACAAUUUCCACAGAUUUUAGAUGUAUUGAGUUUAAUAUUCGAACCAUCCAAUGGCGCAUGUCCCUCUGUGGAGGAACUGGUGUUAUGUGAUUUAUUUAGGUCAAUCGAUUUACGAGAAUUAAGGGGACCCUGUUUUAACACCAUCAAACCCAGUCUCAGUAGAUCAACCUUAAAUUUAUUACAAGCCGUCAAAAAACGCCAGUGUGCUUCAUUGGGCAAUUCGUUUAGUGAGACCAGUUCCCCCUGUACACCACCCUCAACACCAAGAGAUCGUAGAUCUGGCUUCAGUCGAACAAUGGAAUCAUUUGAUUGUAUAUCAAGUGAUUCGGAAGAAGGGCUACUUGAUGAAAUCAUAGUGGGUUGUAAUUUUCAAGCAAAACAAUUGCAACGUAUGAAACAUCACUAUCAGCAACAGCAGCAACAACUGCAUCAACAACAUCAUCAUCACCAGCAACACCAUGAGCAUACUCAUAAUGGUUCACAACAUGCCUUGGCCAUAGGUUAUUAUCAUAGUCAACCGUAUUUGUGUCAAAAGUCACAAUAUGAUCCCAUGGAGUCACCGAUACACUAUUGUGACAACACCACCCAACUUGAGGAUAAUUCUACACAAGAAUUGUUUAACACUCAAAGGUCGGAAAAAGAGAUGCAACAGCUGUCACAGCAGCAGCAAUCCACUCAGCCCAUGAUACGUUGCAGUUCUACGUGUGAUAGUGAUUUAAACUUAAAAGGUGCCAUUUCAGCAAACAGAGGCAGCAUUUGCUCUUCAGAAAGUGCCACAAGUGUUACAGCCACUACCAUAGUUUCCCAUGAAGAUACAGAUCAAUCUUCCAUUACCACGCAAUUGGAGGUGUCCGACUAUGAGACCAUUAAUUUAAAAGAGAAUUCGGGAAAUUUAACAGUCAAUCAUAAUCAGUCGGGUAAUUCGCAUGCCUCCUCAUCUUCAUCCGCCUCCUCAUCUUCUUCAUCCACGGCUGGUACUUCUUUUAAUCAUCAGCUGACAGCGGAUAUGUGCAACUUCAAGAACUCCAAAAGUCGUCGCUUGGAAUAUUCUUUGAAAUGCUUAAAAUAUGGUCGCAGCAAUCCUUCUCAAGAUUCUGCUUUUGGCUCGCUAACUGAUAAUGAUCUGUCCACGUCUAGUUUUCGUUUAAGCAGUUUCCAAUCCAUAUCAUCGCCCAUAGAUGAAGGAGUAGAGGAUGUUAUUAUAGCCACUACUACGGCUGGUCAUGAAACCUGUUUGGAAUUGGCUACCAUACCACGCAGCAUGGUGUCUCAAGAUUCAGCCAUUUCCUCACCUUGCCGCGAAACAUCUCCCAGUAAUUUUCUGCAUAUAGACGAAGGAACUUGUUCGGGGGCCUCCAGCUCUUCGGGUUCAACUGGUAAUCUUAGGCCACAACAUUUUCCAGUUUCAUUGUCACCCAAAAUCUUAGUCACCGCCACUACCAAUUCCAGCAACUCUAGUUUGGCCUCCAGUUCCGGUAGCCAGGCCCAACCACAGCAAAAUCAAACUCAACAAUUUGAUCCUCCCAAAAUAUUGGUGAAUGAUCAGAACUCCAUCUACACCACGUCGCCCUCGAAAAGGUCCGGCACCAUUGAAGUGUUUUCGCAGAAAUACCGAGUCAGUUCUUUUGAGGACAUGUCGCCCUUGAAAAGAGGCUCCAAUACCGACAAACAACAUUUGAAAAAUGUCAAUCGUUUGGCAUUUCGAUCUCUGGAAGAAGAAAGACGCAUUGACAAUGCCUUCAUGCCCAUAACGGAUCGCGUUCAUUCCGACAAUCGUGUUAAUGUACAGAGCGAGAAAUACAAGAAAUUAACUCAUGCUUCAUUUCGCAUUAGCAAAACCUCUAGUCAGGUUAUCAUGUACGACACCUCUCCGGGCCAAAUGAUUACCUCUUCGCCCGGUUCGUCAACAAUGCUGGCUCAGUGUGGCACUUCUUUGGAAUUACAAAGGCCAGCCACUGCCUCGGGCUCAUCUAGUUCGCGUCAGACCAUGUGGCGUGAUAGUAAAUUUUAUCGUAAAAAUCGCAUAGCCAAAUCCAAUGAUUCAUUACUCGAGACUUCUCCCAAUCAUUCGGCACGUCUAUCACCCUCCUCGUUGAGAGACAAUCACUAUGAUAGUUCUUCUUCGUAUGGUAGUCGUAGUCAUAGUAGACAAUCCUUAAAUCGUGGUGGCUCCAUUCAUGAAAUUAUGGGCUCCAAUCAUACUUUGGGACCCGAGAUAACCGUCACCACGAGCUUUUGCAACAAUCCACCCAAUGGCAAUCGACGUUAUUGCAGCUCGAAAAGCGAAGAUUUGGGCGAUUCAUCAGACUAUCUAAGGGUAAUGGAUGCACGCAAAUCUUACUCGGAAAGACAUUUGGUUACUUUUGAGACAACCCUUAAGCAGACAGCCAUUAAUAACACCAUGCCUUUGGAUGGUUCAGAUCCAUGCUAUCUAUCCGAAGACGAUACCAGUUUCAAUGAAGACAAUAAUGUUCAAGGAGGUCACUAUCAAAAUCAAAAUAUACCUCCACCUCAAUCAAGUACACAAAGAUCACAGAGCAGACAUCAUCAAGUACCAACUAAAUCCAAAUACGGUUACGGAGAAUAUUAUCAGCAGCAAUCACAGCAACAACAGCAUUCCACAACUGCUAAUAGCGCAAAAUCUGGCACAUUUACAAAGCGUUCCCACCCCAAUCAGCUAAGCUGGAGUUCAUGCUCUAUAAAUCGCUUAAAAACGACCAAUAUUAAAACCACCUCUUUGGCAACCUUAUCCUGCCAACAGAAUUUAACUAGCCCAGCUGGUACUGCUUACAAUCUCAGUCCCCAACAUCAACAACAACACUCGUCGUCGUCCUCUUCUUCAUGUCAUUUGGAUAAACCAACCUCGACUUCUUCGACCCCAUCACCAUCUUCGAAUGUCCAUAGCGUAGAUACCACCUCGAGAUCUCCCAAAAAAUCCUCACGUAAUCCUGUGUUCAAAACUUUGCUAAACACUGCCGCCUCCAACACCAACACCGAUACCAGUAGCGACAACGGCAGUCGCAACAACAGUCUAACCCAAGAUAAUUCUUCGCCCGAUGACUCGCCAACAAGACGUUCCAUUAGUGGCAUUGAGCUGGCGAAAAUCUUUUCGAUGGACAGCACUGCUGGUUCUGGGGGUUGUAGUGAAGAGAAAACACCGCUGCUGGACAGUGUUGAAAUGUCACCUAUAAGUCCUACCGAUCCCGACCAUGAUGACGAAGAAGACGACGCCGAUGGUCUACAACAAAGAGCCGAUCAAAUGUGAUAUAGUAAUAAUAAAAAUUAAGAGCAAACUGAGUGUGAUUAAAAGAAUCGUGGAAUGUUUUUUAUCUACAAACAAAUAAAGGUAAUGCUAAUGAGAAUGAGAAUGUUUUCGAUAAAGUGAUUAAGAUUAUACUUAUUACAUGGUAUGUAGUUGUUCAUGAUCCCGUUCAAUAUAGUAACAUAAAUAUUUAUAUGCUUAAAUAAUGUAGAUAUAGGGAAAUAUGGGUUAAGAGAGAUUUAAAGAAAGAUAAUAGGGAAACACUUAAAUAUUUAUAAAUGUAACACUAAUACAGGGAAUUCCUACUUCUGUAAUCGGUUAAUUAA